CUCUAACCUAAAUUAACCUAAACUAACAACCACACUGGCGCUAGGCAUAAACAUGGGCGACGACGGCAGUGGUCUCGCUACUUCCCCACAUACGGUACGUAUACCAACGAUCCAGUAUUGUGCCUGGUACAUCGUCAACGACCGAGAAUCGCAUACAUACGAGCGCGCCGGUUGGAGGAAUAUCCCAGUUUUUGCUCGCAUGUGGUGGCCGGCCGCUCACUGCACGGUUCUAAGCUUCGGCCAUUGACAUCACUAUGGGUAUCACCCCGCAAAAGGAUCCCGCAAAAAGGAUCUUACCGGAUGCCCUUGGGGCUUACUAUUUUCGCAGGCCCCAGGGAUUCCGGCCAGGGACGACGUGGAAUUGUACGCCUGUGAGCCACCGUUCAGGUGCUCAGCUGUCCCAAUUCUAUCAAUCUAGUAUCUCGGCGACGUGGGGCGGCCUGUUCGGCUUGGGAGAAUGGUAUCGUGUAUAUAUAUACCCACGUUCGGGUCCCCAUCAAUAAAUGCUCCAUUGCCCAUUCUAUCCACUAUUCACCUAUCCACCCACCCAAGGCUUGAUUCCGUAAACUUCCCUCGGUAUCGAGUAUCAUCUGGCCUCGGAUAAGGCUUCAUCAUACUCCGUGUUAUCCACUAGUCUUCAGUGGCGAGAAAUCUUUCAUAUCACCUACCUCGCCGCCACCACUUUUGAGCUCUCAAUCCGAUCUUCUGCAACUACAGCAGACAAUUGAGACGAACUCGACAAUCAAUAUGGCACCAAAAAUGCGACUGCCGUCGGGCAGGGCGAUUUUGAACCUUAUUUCCGUCGAGACAGAGGAAGGAUUGAGCAGAGCGCAGACGAUGCUCGCGAACGAGGAUUUGAAGCCUGUUGAACCUGCUCGGAGGCAAUGGGGUCCCUGGAAUUAUGUCGGCUUCUGGAUUGCCGACUCCUUCAACAUCAACACAUGGAUGAUCGCCUCCUCCAGUGUUGUGGCUGGACUCUCGUGGUGGCAAGCGUGGAUUUGCGUAUGGGUCGGCUACUCGAUUGCGGGUGCGUUCGUUGUUGCAACAGGACGUAUUGGUGCUACUUAUCACAUCGGAUUCCCAGUGGCAAGUCGUGCCUCUUUCGGUGUCUGGGGUGGGCUUUGGCCUGUUUUUAACAGGUCUGCAAUGGCUUGUAUCUGGUAUGGUGUUCAGGCAUGGAUUGGUGGCCAGUGUGUUACUCUCAUGAUUACAGCUAUUUGGCCUCGAUAUGAGCAGCUCCCGAACUCGAUGCCCGCCAGCUCCGGAACUACCACGAAGGAUUUCCUCUCCUUCUUUCUCUUCUGUUUAUGCUCGCUCCCAGCUUUAUACCCACACGUUCACCAGAUCAGGCAUUUGUUUACGGCCAAGUCCCUCGUCGUUCCAGUCGCAGGAAUUGCCUUCUUCAUCUGGGGUGUGGUCAGAGCUAAGGGGCUGGGACCAGUUGUCAACAAGCCGAACGUCAUCCACGGCAACGAACUUGCUUGGGCAAUCAUUAAAGGCAUCAUGUCCUCUAUUGCGAACUUCAGCGCGCUGAUUGUCAACGUACCCGAUUUCUCUCGCUUUGCAAUCAAGCCAAAGGAUGCCUUCUGGUCGCAGCUAUUCACCAUUCCCGUCGGAUUCGGCAUCACUUCGUUUAUCGGCAUCAUCGUGUCCUCGUGCUCGGUGGUCAUCUUCGGCGGCGAAGCCAUUUGGAACCCUCUCGACCUGCUCGCCAAAUUCCUACAAGAAGGCGGCCACGGCAACCGCGCCGGUGUCUUCUUCAUCGCGGCCUCUUUCACCCUCGCACAACUCGGCACAAACAUCGCCGCCAACUCCGUCUCCGCUGGAACCGACUUGACGGCCCUCCUACCACGCUACAUCACCAUCCGUCGCGGCGGCUACAUCUGCGCCGCCGUCGGCUUCGCCAUGUGCCCAUGGAACCUCCUCUCCUCCAGCAACAACUUCACCACCUACCUCUCCGCCUACUCCGUCUUCCUCUCCUCCAUCGCCGGCGUCAUGCUUUGCGACUACUACAUCGUGCGCAAAGGCUACCUACAGAUCAAGGACCUAUACACGGCCAAGAAGACAGCACCAUACUAUUUCACCUACGGCUUUAACUGGCGCGCUUAUGCGGCAUACAUUGCUGGGAUCUUGAUUAACAUCGUUGGCUUCGUGGGCGCUGUUCGCGAGCCGACGGGAGGGCCGUCCGCGCCGCUUGGAGCGCAGUACAUAUACAAUCUGAACUACUUCUGUGGGUUCAUAGUAGCGGCGAUAGUGUACUAUGCGCUGUGCCGAAUCAGCCCUGUGCCGGCAGUCAGCGCUACGUGGCUGGAGGUCGGGGAUGCGAUUGAUAACCCGCAUCUGGCUGACAGCGAUAGCGAGGAGGAUGAGAAGGCUGGGGCUGCGAUGUAUGAGGAUGGAGUUAGGAGGCGCGGGGCGUCGGAGGAGAUUGUGUAGGGAGUGAAACGAUUUUAUGACUAUCUUGAAGAUAUAUAUAGCAGGCGAAUACUUCAUUUUUUUAUGACAUUUACUUUUUUUGAGAGC